AUGGCAGUGGCUCAAUCUUCGUCGAUCAAUGAAGCAUACUCGCCUCUCCCCUAUGUUUACGCCGCCACCACUCAAGCUGCAUCUCCCGCAGGUAAGUCUGAAGAAAUAGGACACGAAGAGGAUUCAGAGGGUAAACUUUUAUCCCCAUCUUCAAAAGAAGCCAAGCCGAGUUCUUAUUGUCCGUCCUCAGCCACACCUGGAGUUCCCCUGUACCCUCUUCAGUUAGAUGUUGUAAAGCAUCUUGUGAAACUGUCACCAGUCAGGGCUGUUUUAGCAUGUGUUUUUAGGAAUUGUAUUUUAUAUGGUGGCAAUGACUACUCAUCAACCAUGUCAGGCUCGUUGACUGAUGGGCCAGGGUUUCCGACCUUGAAUCGGUGGAUACAAAUGCAAACUAAUCUUCACCGAGUUUCAGAGGUAGCUGUAACUGCCGAGCAUUCGGUUAAUGAUGGAAUUGAGGCGAAAACUUCUGUGAAGAGGUUUCGGGAGCAUGAUAGUGAUUCUGAUUUAGAACAUGAUGAGCUGGCGGCGGUUGGCACCGGUAGCCUUUCUGUUCUUACAGACACUACAAAUGAAAGUGGUAUAUGA